ACACACAUGUUCACUUAUUGCACUGCUGUGGAAAAUGGCGACGAGUUCGGAGCUGCCAGAAUAUACGUCUACAACAACAAAACGACGAAAGUUGGACGACAACGAUUAUAAAGUAUCUCCAGGCUUAGAACUCGAUUUUCGAAACGGCAAACAACUUGAUGAUCAUCAAAACGAGGAUUUAGAAGAAGCUCUAGGCUGUGAUAGUGGAUUCAAUGAGAUGAGUGAUGGAAUAAAAUCAGCUUCCGGUACCUCUGAAACAACAAAUCUUUCGAUAACUCCGAAUCGCGCUGAUUCCACAAGCGACGAUAACGGCUGCACACUUGAUACGGAUGAAAAAGACGAAGUAUCAUCUACAGUGUCUUAUCUUUCGGAUCUUUCGGGACUUUCUGAUCUGUCUGGCGAGGGUGAAAAUAAUCAUCAUUGGCUAUUAGAAGUUAGUGGAAGUGCUUCUACUUGGGUACAAAAACAAAUACUAAUGGGAACAGAUCCAAGAGAACUUAUUCAGCAUGUCUUCAUGGAGUCAACUCCUAUUCCAGAUCAGGUUGAUGAUCUCACCUUAUGGAAGAUAAUUGUAAACAUGAUGUCGGAACCGCCAAGAAGGCAAAAGCUACGACACAUUAACACUGUAUCGGAUGUGGUUAGAUUGAUAAGUACCAGUAAAAAAAUUGUAGUAUUAACCGGAGCUGGCGUCAGUGUUAGCUGUGGAAUCCCCGAUUUUAGAAGUAAGGACGGCAUUUAUUCUCGACUAGCGCAGGAUUUUCCCGAUUUACCCGAUCCUCAAGCUAUGUUCGACAUAAAUUAUUUUGCACAAGAUCCAAGGCCAUUUUUUAAAUUUGCACGUGAAAUUUAUCCCGGUCAAUUUAAACCAAGUCCGUGUCAUAGAUUUAUUAAAAUGCUGGAAAAGCAGAAAAAAUUAUUAAGAAACUAUUCACAAAAUAUUGAUACUUUAGAGCAAGUAGCUGGGAUUGAAAAUGUGAUUGAGUGUCACGGCUCUUUUGCAACAGCGUCGUGCACUCGUUGUAAAUAUCAAGUGAAAGCUGAUGACAUCAGGGAUGAUAUUUUCGCGCAGAAGAUACCAAUAUGUCCAAAAUGUAGGGCAAAAGCUCUGCCAUCGAUUAAUGAAGUUAAUCCAAAUGAAUCCUAUAGAGAUUUGGUCUCACAAGGAAUAAUGAAACCGGAUAUUGUGUUUUUUGGAGAAGGUCUUCCGGACGCUUUUCAUGAUGCUAUGUCUAAAGAUAAGGACGAAUGUGAUCUCUUAAUUGUUAUUGGCUCGUCGCUCAAAGUUCGACCUGUUGCUUUGAUUCCCUCUUCGAUUUCAUCGCACGUUCCUCAAAUUCUCAUCAAUAGAGAAUCCCUACCGCAUUUGAAGUUUGAUAUUGAACUACUUGGAGAUGGCGAUGUUAUUAUCAAUCUCCUGUGUCAUUUAUUGGAUGGUUCUUUCAAAGAUGUAUGUUGUCAAGAAAAAAUCCCCCAAGAAGUCACACAAUUGUUACCGGCUCAAUUAAAUUCAUACGAUUCAUGGGAACAAAGUCAGGAUACAAUAACAAAUCCUGAAUUUUCUCAAGAUAUUAGUAAAACAGAAAUGAAAACACAAAAUAUCUCUUCAGAGAGUCAGGAUAGUUUUAUUAUGAAUACAACGUCAAAAAGAAUAAUUGCAAAUACUGAUAUUUGUAUUUCGCCAUUUCACGCUGGUCAUAUGGAGAAUAAUGAAGAUGGUAGUUUUCAAUUAUUAGGCGAGAGUCCAAAGAGACGUAUUGAUAAUUCAAGUGUUGAAAGUAGUCCAAAACGAAUACGUUACGAUAAUGAAUCAACGGAAUUUAUUUCACCAUGUUCUGUUGAUAAAAAAUUGCCAACACGUAUUGUAGCCGUUGAAUCGACGAUAAAAGAAGAGGAAGAAGAGACUGAAGAAAAUUAUUUGCCAAUUGAAGAAUGUCAUGUUGUUCCAAGCGGUGAUUUAUCGGAAAAAGAAAAUUCAAUAGACUCAGGAAAAGAGGAGUCUUCAACGGAGAGUCAUAAAAAUGAUUUUAACGAAUGUGAUAAUAAUAGCGAUAUUAUGGGUCUAAAACCAAGACAUGCAUCUAUUGAUUCUGCUAUGGAUUCUGGUUUGGGCGAUAGUUGUAAUAGUAAUGAUUGUACGGAUAGAAUUGAAACCGAGGAUAGAAAUCAAGAUGAAUCGAAAGUUCAUGAAAUUGAUAGACAUUGUUGGCAGCCAAAGACGAGGGAAAGUCUCGCGACACGAUUGCCAGAAAAUUCCUACUUUCAAUUGGCACCAGGAAGAUACAUUUUCCAAGGGGCUGAAGUCUAUGCAAAUUUUGAAGAUUACGAUCGUUGUUCGAUAUCGGCCAAUUCGGAGAGUUCAGAUAGCGACACUGAUUCAUCAUCGGAAGAGGAAGAAAUGACUUGUGCAUAUUAAGUUCGACUUUGUUACAUUGGAGCACGGGCGAAUGUACAAAGCAAUGUCGAGAAUAAUUAUUUCACAUUGCGCGUUAUUUUUAUACGAAGGAAAAGGAAGGAAUUUAGUGUUAGCUACUUAAAACAAUUAUAAACUAUAAUAUAGAAAAUGCAACAAUUUUGCGUGAAUUGUCGCUAAAUUAGAAGAAAGAAAUUAUUACUUAAUAAUAGAUAAUAAGUAAAUAAAAGUCUCGUUCGCUUAUGAAAAAUUGAAAACAAAAUUUAUAAUUUUUACUACUUUUAAAAAAAAAAAAAUUCUCAAAAUUGAAACUUUUUAAUAAUUUCUAAAAAUUAUAUUUUUAAUUUUUUCCAAAUUACUUUCUUCUUGUUUUCGUCUAUUUAUUCAAAUUGUUGCUCUAGAUUAUUUUAAUAUUUAUAUAAGAAACAAAUCGGUUGUGUGCAAAAAAAAUGAAUUGAAGAAAAAGAAAACAUCAACUUAUCAAUAAUAAUGUAUUAUGAUUCGCUAAUAUCACAUUAUGAAAAAGAAUGUUCUUUUUUCGAAAUUUCAAAAUAACCUUUUACGAGAUUAUUAGAUUUAAAUACAAUAGAAAUAUAGGAAAAAUAAAUAUAUAUAUUAUAAUAGCGAUAAUGUUUUUUAGUGUAAAUUACAUGCACAAAGUUUAAUUAUAUUUUAUGAUUUUAGUAUAUUAAUUUCGCACCAUCGUGAACUUCUUUAUGUGAAAAAUUAAUUUGAAUUGAGAGAGAGAGAUUAUAUGUAUAUAAUAUUACAUAUAUAAUUAUGUAGUAGAAAAUAGUAUGAAUUGUAGUCUCUUGUUCACUGCGUCCAAUUAAUAUUUGAUUUUUCACGAGGUAAAAAAAAAUAAUGAAAUUUCGCAUUUUUAUUGAAUAUAACAUGAUUUUUAAGUAUUGCUUUGUACAAAAAAGGCUUUUAUUUAUCUUUGAUGAUUUGAGACAGGAAUUUAGCUUGGCGUGUAUCGUUGUUCUCAUUCUGAUAUACUUCAACUUUAUAUUUAUUUAUUUGAAGCUUGUUAAUAAAAAGUUAGUUUUGGUAUGAUUUGUAACUGUACAAAAAAAUCUUUUCUCUCUUUUUUUACGGGCAAUUCACUUCUGAAAGUAAUAAAUUUUUUUUCUUUUUCUUUAACUAAAAUAAAACAUUUUUUUUUAAUAUGUUUUUCUACUCAAUAUGAAUUUUCAAUUUUUUUUUAAAUUUGUAGAAAUUAUGGAAAAAUACAAUAGAAGAGAGAAAUAGAUAAUAUAUUUUUGUUGAGUUCAAAACAUUCACACACUAACUUUUUUUGGCAGUACUGACUUUUAUCCUAAAAAAAAAAAAUAAUAAGUACUUUACUUGUAUAUAUUUAUUAUUUUUAAUUGUAAUAUAAUUGUAAAUUUUGUCACACUUUCUUGUUAGAUCGUUUGCAUUUUUUCGUCAUAUAAUAUUGUGAAAUUAAAAAUCAAUUUCCAAAUUAAAGAUCACGUUUAACAAGAGAGUGUAAUAAUAUUUACUUUAAGAGUUAUGAAUUUUUUAUAAUUUGUUAUCUAAUACAAUAGAUGUUAUAAAAAAAAAAUGUUCUCUUUAUAUUAUAAAUGUUGUAUAAGAAUAUUCUGUUUCUUUGGUAUUACUAACGUAUAAGUUUUUUUUCUCCGUAAAUUAAACAAUUUUAUAUAAUAUAA